AUGAAUAACGACCCCUCAGUAUCUACAGCGCCACGUCAGAGCCAUGCUGCGCAAGGAAAGAUUUGGCUAGGCGCUUACUGCUCUAUAGCCUACCAAAACCCCUGCACCGGCACUGCGCCUCGAUGGAUAACGACCCCUCAUCAUCGUUCUGACCGAUACAAACAAGAAACUCAUCCAGUUAGCACAGGGUCUUGGAUGAGCCCUAAUGGGCAUAUUAUAUCAGAUGAGGACCAACUGAAGGGACGUCAUUAUCCUUUCAACUACAAACUCAGCCUUACCGAGCCACGAGAGGUGUUGAUGCUUUCCAUUACAUCCCCGAAACUGACAGCUUUUCUGGCCGACGUAUCAAACGAAUUUGGGAGCCAUUGGGAUGACAAGUUUGUCGAGACUCAGCCCUCGCAGACAGAAUGUAACCUCUGGCGUAUUAUUUGGUGCUGGAAUUUGGUUUCUGGGCGUCAACUCGACUCGUCGAACAGCCAAGCAAGAGAUGAGUUAUAUAAUCUUGUCAAUGUCCUCAAGGACUUUAAGCCACUCGAUGAAGUGAUCCAAAUGAGCGACGCUCAAAAGAAGUACGGAACUAUUGUUUUUGACAAUUUAUGGUCUCUUUUCCCUCCAGGAGAGAUUAUAUUUGCGGCAUCAGAUGCACAACUUCAGGUACUGCUAGUCAACCAGGCUUCAUACAAAAGCAUUGCGAUGGGCAUUCGAUCGGCUUCCGCCAAUAAAGUAAUGGAGAUCUCUUGCUGCUACUAUGGUAAGACUAAAUUUUUAUUUUAA